AUGGCGUAUAAAUAAUGCUUCUGGAUCAUAUGCAGGUUUGUUUUGAUUCAGUUGCCGGACGUGUGAAUUGUCAUAUACUUCACAAAUUUUACUUCAGAUUGUCUACAUCAUGCCUAAAUAUUAUUGUGAUUAUUGUGACACCUAUCUAACUCACGAUUCUCCUUCGGUUCGCAAAACUCAUUGUAGUGGUCGUAAGCACAAAGAGAAUGUUAAAUUUUAUUAUCAAAAAUGGAUGGAAGAACGAGCCCAAAGUUUAAUUGAUGCUACAACGGCUGCGUUUACGGCCCAAAAGAUUGCUACCAAGCCAUCGGCUCCAGUAAUACCUACUACUCCAACAUCGACAGUUACUCCAAAUGCUGCGGCCGCAUUCAAUCCUCUGGUUCCACCGCCAUCAUUGAUGGUUCCUCCACCAAUGGGCAUUCCUCCUCCUAUGCUACCACCAACAUUGAGACCUCCAAUGCGUUAAGCAAAAUAAUGUUUAUCACUAAAUACUUUCAUCCAUCUCCUGUCAUUUUGAUAGAGAGACAAAAUUUUGUAUUAUUACAUUAAUAAAUUACCGAUGUAAUGAAUUCAUGUA